AUGUCUGGGAUAAUUUACCAAAACGAUACAGCAAACUCUUUAGUGCGUCCUGAUUUUUUCCAUAUCAGUGGAUUUUCUAAUUUGCCUCAUGCCAAAUUUUAUUUUAUUUUUCUGUGUUUAGUUUACGCUGUGACUGUAUUGGGAAACUCCUUGGUCACAUUUAUUAUUUACAUACACCAUAGUCUACACACCCCAAAGUAUAUGGCAAUUUUUAGUUUAGCUAUAGCUGACUUGGGUGAGAGCACAGCUAUUUUUCCUAAUGUGGUUCAAAAUAUUAUAUUCAAUACACAACAAAUUACCUAUGGUGCUUGCUUGGCAAAUAUGUUUUUUGUACAUUUCUUCAACUCUGUGCAGUCUGUUAUGCUUACUGUUCUAGCGUAUGACAGGUUUGUUGCAAUUUGCUUUCCAUUGAGAUACCACAGCAUUGUGACGAAUACAUCGAUGGGUAUUAUUGUUACUGUUGGAUGGAUAUUCAAUUGUACCUAUAUGAUUGUCGGAAUGAUUUUCAUCAUCAAACUGUCCUUCUGUAAAUCCAUAGUGAUCGAUAGCUAUUUCUGUGACCAUGGACCUAUAUACCGACUGGCAUGUAAUGAUAAUACCCCAAGUAGAACAUUAGCAAAGGUAUACAUUGUAUUACAUCUAUUUUUACCAAUGUUUGUAAUUAGUUUAUCUUAUGCAAGCAUUUUGCUGGCACUGUCUAAAAUUGCCUCCUGGGAAGGACGUCUGAAAGCCCUAAAGACCUGUUUUUCUCACCUAAUACUAGUGUCAGUGUUUUAUAUUCCAAUAUUGGGCCUUUACAUACCUGCACUCUAUAUCCCAAUUGACCCCAGUGCCAGGAUAAUCAAUACAUCACUCUCAUAUUGUGUUCCUGCCAUGCUGAACCCUAUUGUAUAUUCUCUGAACACUGCCGAGAUCAAGGAAUUUGUAAAAAAAAUGUUCAGAAGAAAUAGACAUAAGGGCAUAGUACCCACCAUAGUUAAGUGA